AUGUGGAGGCAAUUUCUCCUCUCAUUUAGGACACACAGCUAUAAUGCAGGCAAUUACCAAGCAAAGGAAACCUUACAAAAUGAAAAUGAGGAGGAUAUUAAGGAAGUUCAACAACUAUUCAAGUCCAUGGGAUCAGAGAGGAUGGAGAUGCGCAAACGGCAGAUGUCAGCGGCCCAGGAGACAACGAGCUCUGCUCAGGCACAGCACGGCGCUGGGAAUCGAGGGUCCAAUGCCUGUUGUUUCUGCUGGUGCUGUUGUUGCAGCUGCUCAUGCCUUACUGUUAGGAAUCGAGAUGAAGAGCAAGCCAGGAGAUCAUCACAGGAACUCAGAGCAGAGGGAAUUCCAUACUGCGAGGAAUGCCCCACUCCAACACUUGAAGAAGUAAAUGCCUGGGCUCAAUCAUUUGACAAGUUAAUGCUCACUCCAGCAGGCAGAAAUGCUUUCCGAGAGUUUCUCCGAACUGAGUUCAGUGAAGAAAACAUGCUUUUCUGGAUGGCCUGUGAGGACCUAAAGAAAGAAUCCAACAAAAGUAUUCUUGAAGAAAAAGCAAGGCUAAUAUAUGAGGAUUAUAUUUCCAUUCUUUCUCCAAAAGAGGUCAGCCUGGAUUCCAGAGUAAGGGAAGUUAUCAACCGAAAUAUGCUGGAGCCAUCACAACAUACUUUUGAUGAUGCACAGCUCCAGAUUUACACCUUAAUGCACAGAGACUCCUACCCACGGUUUAUGAACUCUGCUAUUUAUAAGGACUUGCUUCGGUCCUUAUCUGAAAAAUCUGUAGAAGCAUAGGAUUUUUUUUUUUUUUUAUUAAUGUAUUUAUUUAAAAAAACAAACAAAAACAAAAUGGAACUCUGGGCUAUA